GCCAUCGGGCGGAGGCCGCGUCCCGAGCCGGGGGCUCCGCUUCGUCCCGCGGGGCGGCGGUGAUGGGGACGGCUCUCUCCACCGGAGCGGUCGUUGCCAUCUCUUUUAACUGCAUCAUCGCUCUGCUCAUCCUCAUCCUCUUCCACAUCCUCUGCAAGGCCUGCAGGACCCCGUCGUGCCCCAAGAAGAGCCCAGCGUCCGACGCGGACGAAGCGAAGAACGAGGAGAAGUACCUCCUGCAGCCCUGAGUGCGCGGAGAUGGGGCCUGAGGGGACGCGGAGCCGUGCGCAGGGACAGUGACACCGAGCGGAGCCCUUCGACCCCGCGGUCCCGGUGUUUGGAUGGCCGCGGUGAUGGAGAGACGGUGGCUGGGGGUGCGCACCGCCCUCGGUGCCACCUCGCAUGUAGGGUCAACCUGGCUAAGGGGACGUGCUCUGCCUUUCCCCUCGGGGACAGUGGCACGUGGAGAGGCGGCCGGCAGCACCUUGCUGUGCCACGGAGCUGAGCAGGGCCAGCACAGGGCCCAUCCCCUGCGGGAGGCUGCUGCGGGGUGGCACCUGCCCGGGGGACCCCUGCAGCACCACAGUGACCAGGAUGGCUGCAGGGUGUGGAGAGCAGGGGGCACUCGGCACCCACCUGACCUGGGUUUGGUCUGAGGAUUCGCCAGGGUGCAGAGGGCCACUCGGUCUGUCCGUUUGUCCUGGAUCUGUCCAUUAGGGUCUACUUGCGCCCUGCCCUCCCUGAGCUUGCCUGCAUCCAGGGGCAGCUUAUGGGCAGGGACUGCUGCUGCAUCCUUCUCUCUAUUGCUGUUUCUUUUGCUGCCGUGAUGGGCACCUCUGUGUGUGCUAUGUUGGUUGGGGAUCACUGGCACCUCCCCGUGUCUCACUGCUGCCCACCUGAGCCCACAGAAAGAUGGGGAUAUUUCAAAGCUGUGGGGUCAGUUCGUGUGCCUGGUGCAGCGACAGUGGAAGGGUCUUCUAGCCUCAGUACCCAGGGACGUGGGUGCAGCCUGGACCCCUCUCUGGUGCCACAGAGGCUGUGCAGCAAGGGAUUUGGUCAGCAUCCCCCCUGUUCUGCUUGUGGGUUUGUUGGGGCUCUGCCCUGCCCAUCCUAGAGUCCUAGAGCCAAGCAAUAGCCAGAGUGAGGCCCUGGGGUUCUGAUAUGCUGCAAUAAGGAGAGGGGGGGGGGGGGGCGUGUGCUGGGAGGGAUGCGGGCUGGGGUCCUUCUGCCAGAACUGGCUCCUUCCCACAUCAGGUGUAGCUAACAUGUCCCUCUGCAGUUGUGUUUGUUUUUUAUGUUUUGUUUAGUUUUGUUUUUUGUUUUGUUUUUUUUUUUAGAUCAAUAAACAGAUCGUAGGACCCAGGAGGUGUCUCUGAGC